CACACGACCCUGUCCACGGGGGAGAAUUGCUGGCCAGUUUCCCAGGAGAGGACCGCGCACUCUCGGGGAUUGGAAGACCUCCACCGAUAGGAGACGCUGUGGUUCUCACGGCGGCCCCAGGCGAUACCGUAGCCGCUCUCUCAGCGCCGCCACCGCUCUGCCCACCGCGCAGCGCCCUCUCAGCGGCCCCGGUUUGCGGAAGUGUUUCCAGGAGACGACGAGCGAGCUGCGCGUGCGCGGUGGGCGCGGCCGGCUGGAGGUGGUGCCUGCCGGGUCAGGGGCGCCGCGGCCCGGGAUAUCCGCUCUAUGGUGCGCAGGUGCUGCGGCCGCCGGCGGACGCGUCUUCGGGAUGGAGCACAUCCGUACAACCAAGGUUGAGCAAGUGAAAUUGCUUGACCGAUUCAGUACGAGCAACAAGUCGUUAACAGGAACCCUGUAUCUCACGGCCACACAUCUGCUGUUUAUAGACUCUCAUCAGAAAGAAACCUGGAUACUGCACCACCAUAUUGCCUUGGUGGAGAAACUAGCUCUCACGACUUCUGGAUGCCCUCUUGUGAUCCAGUGCAAGAACUUCCGGACUGUGCAUUUCAUUGUUCCCAGAGAAAGAGACUGCCACGAUAUUUACAACUCUUUGCUACAGCUGUCAAAACAAGCAAAAUAUGAAGAUCUCUAUGCAUUCUCUUACAAUCCCAAACAAAAUGAUUCAGAAAGGCUGCGAGGUUGGCAGCUCGUCGACCUCGCUGAAGAGUAUAAGAGAAUGGGCGUGCCGAAUUCCAACUGGCAGCUGUCCGACGCCAACCGCGACUACAAGAUUUGUGAAACUUAUCCCAGAGAACUUUAUGUUCCCCGAAUAGCAAGCAAACCAAUCAUUGUUGGUAGUUCCAAGUUCCGGAGCAAGGGAAGGUUCCCAGUUCUUUCCUACUAUCAUCAAAAUAAGGAGGCUGCCAUUUGUCGAUGUAGUCAGCCACUGUCAGGAUUCAGUGCCCGGUGCCUGGAGGAUGAACACUUGCUUCAGGCCAUCAGCAAAGCCAACCCAGCCAACCGCUACAUGUAUGUCAUGGACACCAGGCCCAGACUGAAUGCAAUGGCCAACAGAGCAGCUGGAAAAGGUUAUGAAAAUGAAGACAACUAUUCUAAUAUUAGAUUUCAGUUUGUUGGAAUUGAAAAUAUUCAUGUCAUGCGGUCCAGCCUUCAGAAAUUAUUGGAAGUCAAUGGUACCAAAGGGCUUUCCGUCAGUGAUUUCUACUCGGGUCUGGAGAACGCAGGAUGGCUGCGCCACAUCAAAGCCGUUAUGGACGCUGCAAUCUUCUUAGCCAAAGCAAUAAUGGUUGAAAAUGCGAGUGUGUUGGUACAUUGCUCUGAUGGCUGGGACAGGACUUCCCAGGUCUGUUCCCUGGGCUCUCUCUUAUUGGAUCCCUACUACAGGACAAUCAGAGGAUUCAUGGUUUUAAUAGAAAAAGAUUGGAUCUCCUUUGGACAUAAAUAUUCGGAGAGGUGUGGCCAUUUGGAUGGUGACCCAAAGGAAGUUUCACCGGUGUUUACUCAGUUCUUGGAAUGUGUGUGGCAUUUGACUGAACAGUUUCCACAAGCCUUCGAAUUCAAUGAAGCGUUUCUUCUUCAGAUCCAUGAACAUAUUCAUUCAUGCCAAUUUGGAAACUUUAUUGGAAAUUGUCAGAAGGAAAGAGAAGAACUCAAGUUAAAGGAGAAGACGUACUCCCUGUGGCCGUUUCUGUUGGACGACCAGGAGAAGUACUUCAAUCCUCUCUACAGUUCCACGUCUCAGAAACUGGCAGUUUUGGAGCCAAAUACAGUAUCUUUCAAUUUCAAGUUUUGGAGAAACAUGUACCACCAAUUUGAUCGAACAUUGCAUCCUAGGCAGUCUGUGUUUAAUAUAAUUAUGAAUAUGAAUGAGCAAAAUAAGCAGUUACAGAAAGAUGUUAAAGACUUAGAAUCUCAAAUUAAACAACAUAAAAAUAAGCAGACAGAUGGAGUUCUCACCAAGGAAUUGUUAAAUUCAGUUCGUCCUGAAUCACCUGCCCUCAAAACCUCCUUGUGUCUCAAGGAGCAGACUCUGCUGCCUGUGAAUGAUGCUCUCCGAACUAUAGAGGGCAGCAACCCCGCAGAUAACCGCUACAGCGAGUACGCAGACGAGUUUUCCAAAGCGGAGCCUGCUGUGGUCAGCUCGGAGUAUGGCGUGGCCAGAAUGACGUGUUAGGCUCAGAGAGAGUUUUCUGGCUGCCUGCGGUGCGAGAAGUGGAUUAUUGUGAGGAUGGUCUGUGUGCGUGACCCAAGCAAUUUGCCUAGUGAUGAUCUUAGAGUUUACCAGUAGGUUGAUAGUUGAAGUCAGGAUGCUAACUGCUCUUGUGAGAGAAGGCAGUUUAGCUGCAUUUCUAGCAAGAAAUGAAUGACCUUCAGCUCUUUAAGAAGCUUACUGCAGAUGCAGUUUGUACUGUACACUAGUGAACUGACAUGUCUAUGAUUUACAUGUUAAUUACAGUCAAAUAGGAAUAGCCUUCCAUAAGUAUGAUUUGACUGCCAGAAAACAAAACUGACAAAGUGGUCCCUUACUUAAUAAUUGACAUGGCAUGUACUUUCAAUUGUGUAGCUAUGUAACUAUGAAUAUUUGCAAAUUUUGCCUAUUAGUGGUGUUUAUUGUUGAAAUGCCAUGAAAAAUACUUCUAAGGAAGCCUUAAAGUCUCAGUUUAUUCAUUACACCACUCUUCAGUUUUAGAGCCUAGAGCAAGAUGGUUGGUUGUGUGUUUCCCUUGGUCGGUCCGGUUGUGUCUGUGAGCAGCUGCCCUGGCCCCCGCAGGAGCUGCAGUGCCCCUGUGGAAACAAAACGGUGGUCGAAGGACACUGCCAAGCCCAUGUUUGGCUGGUCCCACUUUCGUGGUCAAAAUUAACGAAACCGACGGUUUUGUUCUGCUUAUAAUUUGUUUAGUGCUACAUUUGACGACUUACUAUUUACAACUUGUUGAUUUCUUGCAUAUGUGUAAGCACAUUUGACUGUCUCUUAUGAAUGGAUUACUGCAUCCUGUUGGUUCUUGUUCUGUGGUUGGCUUUAUUCCUUUGAUAAGUAUGGAAGUUUACGAAGCUAAAGCCCUAAACUGUUCUUAGAGACAAUGAAUAGUACAUAUAUGUAUAUUUUUAAACUGUUUUCUCUCUCAGUGAAUUGUUCUUCCUAGAAGAAACUUUCAAUUUACCCAAGAAUUUUGGGGUCAAAAAAAGGGAAUACGGAUAGUUUAGAUUUUGCUUGGUUGCGUGAAUUUUUCUCUGUGAAACAUUUUUUUCUUCUCUGUUAACAUAGAAGAAAAAAGAAAAAAAGGAAAAUUAAGGCUAGCCUAAUACAAAGUUAAUGUUUAACAAAAAAACUUAAAUGCUAGGAAGAGUUUCAUUUUGCCACGUUAUUGAUAACUUUAUUCUCUAUACUAGUACAUAUUAUUAAAGCACCAAAAAAAAAAAAUAGAAAAGAAAGAAAGAAAAUGACUUUCAGUUGACGGUAUCACCCAGCUGGCUUUAAAAUGGACAACUUAACAUGGGUGGCACAAGAUAUGAUUGAAGGGUACUAGGAAAUCUGCAUAGGAUCCCUUAUGCUUCUUUUUAUUACACCUACAUCUGUUAUAUUAAUUUUGAACAUAAAUAACUUUUUCAAAUGGAAAAAAAGGCUUUAUUGUAUGAGCUUAUCCUAUUUAUUUUUCCAAUGCUUUUCUGUAAUGCAUUAUGUAAUAAGAAAAAUACUUCUUUUUAAACAGUGACGGAAAUGCACUAUAAAGUAGAGUUUGUGAUUUAGCCAUGUCUAUUUCCAUAUUUAAGCACUGGGACGAGAAACUUAAGCCUUGUGACCACAAAGGGAAGCUAUUGUGCCUUGUUACUUGGUUCCAGUGACUAAUUGUGGUUUUAGCAUCUUCCACGGCAGACUUCUUACAUUCACCUCUUUGGUUUAUUAUCUUAAUCUUCAGUUUGAGGCAUAUAUAUAUGUGUGUUUAUAUGCUCACACCUGGGCUGAGAAACCAGCUAACAUCCUAAGUGACCUACAGGGUAUAUGUUGGCAAAAAGUAGUUGUGUAUACGUCUUAUAAGAUUGCAUUUGUGUUCAGUGUGUUUGGGAUUGUAUAGCAUGUACGUUAUUACAUACAUUGUUUAAAGGUAAUUAAAUGUUCAUGUUUUACAUUGAA